UAGAGGCAGGAGAAACAAUACUGCCAAAGAGACGAUAAUUGAAAGUGAAAAUGAAGUCCUUGAGCUCAUGGGGCGAGUGGAUGAAGGAGUCGAGGAGUUCUUUACAAAGAAAGUGCUUCCCACUGAAGCACCGAACAAGCAAGACGAGGAACCCAUCACUCUGCACGAAGUGGCUCCAGCCAGCUCCAUCCCUUGUCCACAACCGACAAGAACAUUCAGGAGGAAGCUUGGUGAUUUCUUUACGCUCAAGAAGAAGCGAGGUCUAAAAUCAGAACCAAGCCAAGAGGGUCGACCCAAAAAAGCCUCCAUCGCCGAUCUAAUUCGUCCCCUCAGAGAAGUCGCCAGGUCAGAGAAAGACAAGGAUAAGGACCGAGUGAAAGAGCAAGACAAGGAAAAUGAAAAGGAGAAAGCAAAAGCACAUCCCAGUGCUGGUACUGGAGAGCCAGCUGUCCAGGAGUCACCUGUUACAGGUGAGGCGUCAAUGAGGGGGGAGGCGGUGCCUCCUCGCCGAGCUCUCAGAGAGGGGAAAUCCCAGUCCCUCAUUCUGCUGUCUGGAUCAGCAGCAGGAACCACCAACGCCAGGAACACUGCAAAGAAACCGUUUGAAGGCCAACAUAGCUUUGAGCAGAAACUGCAUCUAAUGCUUCAGCGCAUUGGAGUUUCUAAACCUCAGCCAGGAGAGACGCAGAAUCAAGAGAAAGAGAUGAAAAAGGCAGAAUCUGAAGGUACCAUCAUUGACAGUAAACCUGAACCACCUUCUACCUUCUCCAAACCUCGAACAAUGUCUGCGUCAGCAGACACACGGCAUCAAAUUCGAGUCAGUGUGUCAGCACACGAGGCAGCUGGGAAACCUGCUCUGCUCCCAAAACCAGUCAUCAAACCAGGUCCACCUCCCACAACAUCUGGCCGCGCUACGCCUGAGAACGAGUUAGCACAGAUACAGGAAGCCGAAACAGGCAUGCCCACUAAACCCAGUCCAACCACGGCUCCUUCGGCUCCUACUGCUCCCAACCUGACUGCUACCACCACCUCUCCUGUACCGACAAUCUCAGGCCCAGUCCCCGAUGCAGCCAGCGUUACAAUUUCUCCUUUAGGUACUGUAGACACAGAAAUAUGCACUGACUCAGUUAACCCUGCCGAAGCAGCUACAACACCCACUGAUGGUGCAGUCGGUGACAGCAACGCUUCUGUCCCUAAAACUACUGACACUAACGGUGAACCACCCACCUCCAUCUUUCUGACAAAGGUGGAGGCGCUUGAGCCCCCCACCGCCGUCUCAGUUCAGCCCGCCUCCUCUGAGUCCAUCACCCCAACCUCAGAAACAAUAGCUACUUCUUCUGUCACCACCCUGGAAACUGUUUCUAGCCCCGGCAAGCGAAGCCCAGUUUCCACAACGAAUCGGUUCUACCACAGCUUCUCCAUCCUCCACCAGCACGUCUGA